AUGUGAUAAAUAAUAGAUAUAAACAUGUUUAUAUAAUAUAUCUGUGAAUCAAUAACUGAAAUACUGUGUUCUUGUCUGAGAUUGAUAGAUAUUUCACUUCCUCACUGCCUGAAAUAUUUACAUUUCACAUUCUAAUUAAACAUGGAUACAUUUACAAGGAAAUUUAUGGCCUUCGGAUACUGAAGUCAACAGAAACAUAUAUAUAUAAGAAGAAACACAAGAAAAAUAUUUAUUUAUUGUGGUAGUAUCAGAAACAUUGUAGAACAAUGAGUUAUGUGAGAAAUGUAGAGGAUGGCUUAUUUCCUGAAGAGAUGACAAAAGAAGGAGGAAAAUUAUCGUACUGUUGUGAUAUCUGCAAAAAGUCUUUCUCUCGGAGAGGGAACCUAACUACUCAUAAAUGCAUUUCUACUGGAGAGAAACCAUAUCACUGUGAUAUCUGUGGUAAAUCAUUCUCUCACAAAGGUAACUUAACUCACCAUAAAUACUCUCAUACAGGUGAGAAACCAUAUCGCUGUGAUAUCUGUGGUAAAUCAUUCUCUCAAAAAUGUAACUUAACUACUCACACACGUAUUCAUACAGGUGAGAAACCAUAUCACUGUGAUAUCUGUGGUAAGUCAUUUACAGCAAAUAGUACCUUAAAAACUCAUAAAUGCAGUCACACAGGAGAAAAAGAAUAUCGCUGUGAUAUUUGUGGUAAAACAUUCCCUGGAUUUAGUAGCUUAACUAAACACAAACGCAUUCACGCAGGAGAGAAACCAUAUCACUGUGAUAUCUGUGGAAAGUCAUUCACUCAAAAAGGUAACUUGACUGCUCACAUACGUUUGCAUACAGGUGAGAAACCUUAUAGCUGUGAUAUCUGUGGAAAGUCAUUCACUGAAAAAGGUAGCUUAACUGCUCACAAACGUUUGCAUACAGGUAAGAAACCAUAUCACUGUGAUGUCUGUGGUAAAUCGUUCAAUCAUAAAGGUAGCUUAACUACUCACAUACGUUUGCAUACAGGUGAGAAACCUUAUCACUGUGAUAUCUGUGGUAGAUCGUUUGCUCGAAACUUAGUAUUAAGUAUUCACAAACGCAUUCAUUCAGGUGAUAAACCAUAUCGCUGUGAUAUCUGUGGUAAGUCAUUCUCUCAAAAAAGUAGCUUAACUGCUCAUACACGUCUGCAUACAAGUGAAAAACCAUAUCACUGUGAUAUCUGUGGUAAAUCAUUCUCUGUAAGUACUAAUUUAACUAAACACAAACGUAUUCACACAGGAGAGAAGCCAUAUCACUGUGAUAUCUGUGAAAAGUCAUUCACUGAAAAAGGUAGCUUAAUUACUCAUACACGUAUUCAUACAGGUAUGAAACCAUAUCACUGUGAUAUCUGUGGUACAUCAUUUUCUCUGAACAAAGCAUUAACCACACACAAACUCAUUCACACAGGAGAGAAGCCAUAUCAAUGUGAUAUCUGUGGUAAAUCAUUCACUCAAAAAGGUAGCUUAACUAUUCACAAACGCAUUCAUACAGGUGAGAAACCUUAUUACUGUGAUAUCUGUGGUAAAUCAUUCACUCAGAAAGGUAGCUUAACUAAACACAAACGCAUUCACACAGGUGAGAAACCAUAUCAGUGUGAUAUCUGUGGAAAGUCAUUCACUGAAAAAGGUAGCUUAGCUACUCACGUACGUUUGCAUACAGGUGAGAAACCAUAUCAGUGUGAUAUCUGUGGUAGAUCAUUUGCUCUGAAUGAUACUUUAAUUAAACACAAACUCAUCCAUACAGGUGAGGAAACACAUCCUUGACAUCAUCAUCAUUUUCAUCUCCAAGCUGUCCAUUACCCAACUGAGUUCAUUAAUUCUCUGGAGCCACCUGGAAUUCCACCACAGAAACUUUUUCCGAAGAUAGGAGUCCCAAUAAUGCUUCCAAAAAAUUUAGAUCCUCCUAAAUUAUGUGAUGGGACAAGGUUGAUUGUGAAGACAUUAUCACCAAGCUUAGAUUCGAAACCAAAACUAAGGAUUCUCGCUCGUCUGAGCCACCACCAACCAAUAGGCGCCAAAGGAAUUUUCUUUGUCCUGUCAAAAAAGGAUAAAUCAUCUCCCUUAGACCUAUGACCUCGGCCAUGUCAGGCGAAGUUCAAAUGGACAGAAGCUGACCUAUUUAGACACAAUCUCUCCUGCAGCAUGUCUGUCUUUGUAACUGCCAUGGCUGUUAUAAAUACUGUGGUCAGCAAAGGGACAGGCAGAAAGGAUCGGGACACGAGAUAGCCUACAACUUUCUCAGAUAAACGACGCACACACAGACACAAAACAUAUUCAGUUCUACCGCAUCAUAUCCACAAAUGUACAAUGCUUUUAUUCCUCUCAACUCAUAGCAGUUGACAACAAAUUAAUGUAGUGAAAAACUGUGUAUAUCAACAGCGAAUGCAAGUCCCGUAAAUAAAUUAUUUAAACUAUAAA